GGGGGCCGCGGGAAGCGCCGAGAGGGCGCGGCCGAGAGGGACCAGAACUCCCUCCAGCCGCCCGCCCCGGGGGCGGAGGGGAGGGGCCCGCGCGGCCUUAUUUCCUGGAGCGCCGGCGCGCCCUGCUCGAAGCCCGCGCCCGUCGAGCGCCGCACCAGCCAGCGCCCAUGCAGCUCCGCCGGCGACCGCUUCCCGCGCCCGGGCCGGGGGAUCCUCACCCCGCCGCCGAGCUGUGCGCGCUGCUGCUGCUGCUCGCCCUCCAAGGGGCGGUGGCGGCGCCCGGGGGGCCCGAGCGCUCCGGGUGGCGCCAGGACGCGGAGCUCCCGCGCGGGCUCCUGCCGCAGGCGGCGCGCGCGGCGCUGCACUUCUUCAACUUCCGCGCGGGCUCGCCCAGCGCCCUUCGAGCGCUGGCCGACGUGCAGGAGGGCCGCGCGUGGAUUAAUCAAAAGAAGGAGUAUAAAGUUGACCUGGUGUUUACCACGGAGCUCUACGACUCAGAGGAAGGUAAGGAACGUCUGGGGAAAUGUUCUGCUCGAGUGUUUUUCAGGAACGAGAAACCCAGACCAGCCAUUAAUGUAACAUGUACUCGGCUCAUUGAGAAGAAGAAGAGACAAGAAGAGGAUUACCAGCUCUACAAGCACAUGAAGCAACUUAAAAACCUCUUGGAUGUAGACAGCAUACCUGAUAGCCAUGGACAUAUUGAGCCCUCUCUGAGACCCAUCUGGGACUUAGCUUUUCUGGGCAGCUCUUAUGUGAUGUGGGAAAAGACAACACAGUUCCUACACUACUACAUGGCACAGCUCAGCAGUGUGAAGCAGUGGAAAACAAAUGAUGAUGCAAUUGAUUUUGAUUAUACUGUUCUACUCCAUGAAUUCUCAACACAGGAGAUGAUUCCCUGUCGUAUUCACUUGGUCUGGUACCCUGGCAAACCACUGAAAGUGAAGUAUCACUGUCAAGAGCUACAAACACCAGAAGAAGCCUCUGGAACUGAAGCAGCAUCAGCUGUGGCACCAGCAGAGCUUAAUAAUUUCUGAAAAGCAAAAAAGAUCUGUUUAUAUCAAGUUCUAAACAAAAUGACUGUACUAAGUAGCCUAAAUCAUUACUCUAGUAAAAUAGCCAAGGUAUAAGGCAUUCUAAUACUUUGGGAAAGCCUGUGAUUACAAGUAAAUACUCAAA